AAAAUGAGCAACAUCUAUGAGUCAGCAGCCACCACACUGGGCCUCUUCAACAGCCCGUGCCUGACCAAAGUGGAGCUGCGUGUGGCCUGUAAAGGAAUCUCUGACAGAGAUGCACUGUCCAAACCCGACCCGUGCGUGGUGUUAAAGAUGCAGUCCCAUGGACAGUGGUUUGAGGUGGACCGGACCGAGGUGAUCCGCAGCAGUAUCAGCCCUGUGUUCUCCAAGGUCUUUACUGUAGACUACUACUUUGAAGAGGUGCAACGUCUUCGCUUUGAGCUCCAUGACAUCAGCAGCAACCAUAAUGGACUCAAGGAGGCGGAUUUCCUAGGAGCCUUGGAGUGCACACUUGGACAGAUUGUGUCUCAGAGAAAACUCUCCAAAGCGUUACUAAAACAGGGCAACACAGCGGGCAAGUCUUCUAUAACGGUAACAGCAGAGGAAUUAUCUGGGAAUGAUGAUUAUGUGGAACUUGCCUUCAGUGCUAGAAAGCUAGAUGACAAGGAUUUUUUUAGCAAAUCAGAUCCAUUUCUAGAAAUCUUCAGAGUCAAUGACGAUGGUACUGGGUCCCUCGUGCACAGAACUGAGACCAUCAUGAAUAAUCUAAAUCCAGUGUGGAAAUCAUUCAAAGUGUCACUCAACACUCUCUGCAGCGGGGACCAUGAGAGAGAGCUGAAGUGUACAGUUUGGGACUGGGACUCAAAUGGAAAGCAUGACUUCAUUGGGGAAUUCCAGACAACCUUUAAAGAUCUGAAGACAGCUAUGGAUGGAAAACAGCUUCAGUGGGAAUGCAUCAAUCCCAAGUAUCAAGUGAAAAAGAAGAAUUACAGGAAUUCUGGUGUCGUGAUCCUGUACCAGUGUAAGGUAAUAAAGAUGCACUCAUUCCUGGAUUAUAUAAUGGGAGGAUGUCAGAUCCAGUUUACAGUGGCGAUUGAUUUUACUGCCUCGAACGGCGACCCACGUAACAGCUGUUCUCUUCACUACAUCCACCCAUACCAGCCCAAUGAGUACCUCAAGGCCCUGGUGGCUGUGGGUGAGAUCUGCCAAGACUAUGACAGUGAUAAAAUGUUUCCAGCGUUUGGCUUUGGAGCACAGAUCCCACCUGACUUUAAAGUCUCCCAUGAUUUUGCUGUAAACUUCGAUGAGGACAACCCAGAAUGUGCUGGUAUUCAAGGUGUUGUAGAAGCUUAUCAGAACUGUCUGCCCAAGAUCCAGCUCUAUGGCCCCACUAACAUCGCACCAAUCAUCCAGAAAGUAGCCAACUCUGCUUCUGAGGAGAUGCACACCAAGGAGGCCAUGGAGUAUUUCAUUCUGCUGAUCCUGACAGAUGGUGUUAUAACAGACAUGGCUGACACACGGGAGGCCAUUGUACAUGCCUCCCACCUCCCCAUGUCCGUUAUCAUCGUGGGAAUAGGCAAUGCUGACUUCAGUGACAUGCAAAUGCUGGAUGGCGAUGAUGGCAUUCUGCGCUCUCCCAAAGGAGAACCCGUCCUCCGAGACAUUGUCCAGUUUGUGCCCUUCCGUAACUUCAAACAUGCUUCUCCUGCAGCGCUGGCUAAAAGCGUGCUGGCUGAGGUGCCCAAUCAGGUAGUGGAUUACUACAACAGCAAAGGCAUCAAGCCCAAAUGUCUGUCAGACUACGAGUCUUCCAGAGCCUUCAGUCCCUAA